AUGGCCACGAUAGCUGCCCUUGCGUCGGCCGCGCUCGCGAGUGACAAGUCCCCGCUGAUGCGCCUGCACCCUGUGCGGACGAUGGGGCGCGUCAACUCUUCCUACAACGUCGCUCAGGACUACUGGCAUAUUGAGACCAACCACACCUUCCCCGAGGUCACCGACCACCGCAAGGGGCAACUGAAAAGGGGCGAUGGUGGCGCCGGCGACCGCAGCUGCUGGGUGGUGGCGCAGGACCAUGUCGAGCCCUACAGUGAUUUCUUCGCCCCCAGGGGCACGCCGGCGCAGCCGUACCCCGGCGGCGCCCCGCGUUUUGCCUGGCGCUGGCACGGCCGCAUCAGCCUCCAGCUCUUCAACUCUGUGCCCUUCGUCCUGCGUAAUCGCUUCGGCUGCAACCACUGCACACUCGUGCUGCGCUACAAAGUGUUUGGCGGCCGGCUCUACACGGACACCAACCGCAGGCAUCGUGACCUCUCUGGCCAAGAGAAGGAGGCUGAGCAGAUAGAGGAGAUGAUGCUGGCAGCACUGCACCUCUUCAAGGUGCCAAAUGCGGACGUGCUGGUGCACCUGGGAGAUGGCGCCCCCGAGGGCCUGCCCCUGCUGCAGGCCAACAUUGACCGCAGGUUUGAGAACGCCGGGUUUGCCAUCCCCAAGCGCAUGUGGGAGGACGCCCUUGGGCCGGAGCAGACGAGCGUGCUGCACGAGUGCCUCGAGACCCGCUACCCUCGCUCGGACAAGCGCGCUGCGCGUGUUGCGUGGCGCGGCACCAACACCGACGUCCACAUCGACCCUACAGUCGAGUCCAACGCGCUGGAUGUGGUUCGCGGCCGCCUGCACCUCAUGGGGCGGUGGUACCCCGAAAUCUUUGACACCCACAUAGUAGGAUGGGUGCAGUCAAAGUUCACAACGCAGUGCGUGGCUCAAGUCCUGCCGACGGGAUCGCGCGUGCAGCUGGAGGAUUUCAAUAACUUUGCACUGAUUGUUGACGUCGACGGCAACGGCUGGAGCGACAGGAUGCGGCUCCUCGCGCACUACAACACGCCCGUCCUGAAGCAGGCGAGCGCCGUCCCCGAGCAGGGUGACGAGGGCCGUCGGAGUUGA